AUGCAGCAACGAAAGUGCCAGGGAUGCAAGCAGCAGCUGGAUUUGCCGUCCGUGCACUUUUUGUGUGGGCACUCGUAUCACAAAAAUUGUGUGGAUAUGUCUCAAAAGGCAUGUCCCUAUUGUGUUUAUCGCUAUCAAAAAGAGUUCACGGUCCCGCCGCUGGCAUCGGAGGCCUCCUACUUCUCAGACAUGCACGAAGCGAAGGACGGUUUCGAGGUGAACGCGGAGUACUUGGGCCGCCGUCUCUUCAGCAAGCCCGAAGCGCCGCCGAAGAAGGAGAUCGAGCUGACCGACGAAGAACUGGACGCGAUUCCGAUGCAAACUCUCGAGCUGUGCCGUGUUUGUUAA